AUGUCGAAUCAACAAGGGCUUCCAAAAUCGUCGACAAUCACAGAAGUUCCAAAUGCUGAUGGUACUGUCACUCGGACCGUUUUCAAUCAGUACAAGGAUGGAACAAGCAGGACGGCCAAGGAGGUAGUACCCGGAUCACCAGAUACAGCCCCCCAACUGGUCCAAGCUUUGCCCGUGAAUCCUUCACCGUCCGCGCCAUCCUGGUUGUAUGCCACCGACGUGGAAGGACAACAACAACAACCCUAUCCAGCAUCGGCACCAUAUCCUCCCGGUGCUACAGCUCCAAUUAUGAUUGCCGACGCUCAGCAGCCAACAUCACCACCAUAUCGCUUGAAAAAGGCCCCACCUGUACCUUCCAACAUCUUGACCAGAAUAUCCAUUACCUUUGUGGUUCUGGGCACAGCCUUUGGCAUUUCUUCUGGCGUGUACACCUAUUUGUCGCAAACAAAAGACAACGAAGACGACAAAGAAGAUGGCGAAAAUGGUCAGUUGGCAGGAGCAGUUGCAGUCUUUCUCUUUUUGUUAGCAACCCCAUUCAUGUUUUUCAGUGGCAAACUGUAUCGAAUGAAACGGGAUUCCAAAGGUCGUCCCGGUUUUGUCAUGGCGUCCUGGAUCAUUUAUGGGUUUGCCUUGGCAUAUGCGGGCGGAUUACUAUUCCUUGGGAAUGAAGUGGAGGACUAUGUUCGUCCCAUGUGGGUGUAUGCUGCUGUAGGGUUUAACCUGAUUCCGUUUUUGUUCAUGAUGAUUCAUGCAGAAGCUGCACGAACGAAAUAA